AUGAAUUCGUCUGCGGCAGUUUUGCUGGACCCCAAAGCCUUUAAAAGGCAGGCGGCGACAGGUUCAAGCUCUAGUACUCCCAGGACCCCAGGGGCGCCCUCGGGAACCUCCUUCGAUCCUAGCAUGUUAUUGAGUCCUCGAAGCUUGAAAGCGCUCAAGCCACGCACAAGCGCCAGUGCACCAGUAUCUCAAACGCCAACCCCUCCGCAGCUCAGCAGGAAUAACAACAGCUAUCCUUCGUCAGAUGGCAACGUGAGCGAUUCUCAAAGCGAAAAGAUGGCUUCGACACAUGGAUAUGAAACGACUCGGUUUGGCCGUCAUCGAAAUAUGAUUGAAAAUAUGUAUGGAGUUGAAGAGCGUGGAGUUCACCCGCAGAAACGGAUAAAGCGCCACAUGAACCAAAAUGCUGGUAGUAGUUCGGAUCAGAGGUUCCCCUCCAGCCCUGGACGGGGUCUAGCGGAAUACAUGAAGGAACGUUCCGAAACUAGCACACCAUCGCUUUCUGAAGUGGCCACGAUAGAUCUUACAAUAGAUGAUGAUCAGAAUGAGGAUGAUGUAGUUUUCCUUGGUAAUAGAGAUUUGGGAAUGGAAGAAGUUUGCUACGGUAGAAUUGAAGGCGCGAUGGUCUACGCUCACCAAGUCCCUCGUCCAGUCAAGUCCGCUUUUGGAGCGACCUCGUCCGAUUGGCCCUCCAUUCGAUGUCAACUUCUACGCACUCGCGGCCCAGAUACUAGGAUUGAUGUUGCUGAUCCUUUGCAAAAUGUAUUUGGGAUCAUUGACCAUCGUGUUGCCGCUGCUUUAGUUCCACUUCUUGACUCGACAGUCAUCAAAAUACGAACUCAAGCUCGCCUCGAUGUCCGCAAGAAGAAGGAAAAUGAAUGGCCAGGGCAACCUUGUUCGGAGGUAUAUCGCGUGGCUAUAAACCUCUAUGGGCCUAGGAAGAUGGCUGACGGAAUUGGGAGGCAUCUUGGCCAGAAGAAUGUUUGGCUAGGGACACCCAAUUCGGUUGAGGCGGGCAUUUCGACCUACAACCCCCAUGCAGAGAGGCGUCUUGUUCAAGUGGCGAGUACUACAAAUCGACUUGCGGUUCAAUCGGAAACACGGACAGCUGAAGAAAUUAACAGCGCCGUCACGAAGAUGUUCGAUCAGUUGACCAGCGCGGAAAAUAUCCCGGAAAUGGAGCCACCUCCGUCGAUAAAGACUCCACUACUUUCACAUCAGAAACAAGCACUGUGGUAUAUGCUAGAUAAAGAAAAACCCCGAAAGUUUGGUGAGAAGGAGGAGGAAAACAAUUCGUUAUGGAGAGUCCAUUACCAGCCAAACGGUCAAAAAUGCUAUCGCGAUAUUGUCAGUGGUGUUACUUUUCCCGAAGAACCCCCCCAGGUUUAUGGAGGGUUAUUGGCCGAUAUGAUGGGUCUGGGGAAGACGUUGAGUAUCCUAUCGCUUGUCAUAUCCACACAUCUCGAGUCAUUGGAGUGGGUGCUGCAGAAAGUUGACAAGAGAUUGUUGAACAAUCCUGGAGCACGGAAUGUGAAAAGCACCCUUUUGGUUUGCCCCUUGAGCGCAGUAGCGAACUGGGUUGGCCAGAUCGAGGAACAUUUGGAGGAGGAUGCUCUUUCAUAUUAUGUCUUUCACGGCCCCACGAGAACAGAGGACGUGGUUGAAUUAUCUAAGUACGACCUCAUCAUCACUACCUACAGCACAAUACUCAGUGAGCUCUCUGGCAAAAGUUCGAAGCGAGGAACCAGCCCACUCACCCGCAUGAACCUGUUCCGUAUCGUUCUCGAUGAAGCACACGCUAUCAGAGAACAAAGCACGGCCCAAUCCCAGGCUAUAUUUUCGUUAGCUUCCCUGCGCCGUUGGUCAGUGACCGGAACACCGAUCCAGAACAGACUUGAAGACCUAGCAUCUGUCACAAGGUUUUUAAAGCUCCACCCGUACGUAGAGAAAUCUCAGUUUGCUGCCUACAUCAUCGCACCAUUUAAGAGUGAGAACCCGAAGGCGAUCCCGAAUCUCCGUAUGCUCGUUGAUUCGUUCACCCUCCGCCGCGUCAAGGAUCGUAUCAAUCUCCCCCCUCGACAUGACAAGGUCAUCACGUUGACAUUUUCAGAGCAAGAAAAGAUGCUACAUGAAUUCUUCAGGAAGGAGUCCAACGUAAUGAUAAAUGUAAUUGCUGGCGAGAGCAAAGAAAAGAUGCGAGGGAAAAUGUAUCAUCUAGUUUUAAAGGCAAUGAUGGUUCUCAGGCAAAUCAGUGCCCAUGGCAAAGAACUCCUCGAUCAGCAAGACCGGGACAGGUUCAAAGGGUUAAGCGCCACUGAUGCCAUUGACUUGGAACAACCAGUUGACGAGGAAUCUUUAAGCGCCAUGGAGAAGAAGGCAUAUGAAAUGCUGACACUGAUGAAAGAAUCAGCAGCAGAUGUAUGUGCAAGAUGCGGCAAUGCCAUCACUCUCCAAUUCCCAGAAGAUCGCCCGAGCGAUAAAGAUCCACUCAUGGCAGCCAUGCUCCCGUGUUAUGAUAUCAUUUGCGCAGACUGCUUCCCUCCUAUUCAACAAGUUUUCGACGAGAACGCAGGCAAACAGUCCCAGCUUAGCUGCACAUUCUGCAAAGGGCUCAUCCCUGUAACUUAUACAGCCAUUACGCGUCGGGGCUAUGAGAAAUUCCAAGAAUCCCAACUCUCCAGGAGAGAGGGUCCGAAACAAGCCAAGAAAUUCGGCCAGUAUGAAGGGCCACACACAAAAACCAAAGCGCUCAUUUCUCAUCUCCUCGAUACCAUCGAAGAGAGCAAGAAAGCCCCCGACGAAGCCCCAAUCAAAAGUAUCGUGUUCUCUUCCUGGACGUCACAUCUUGACCUGAUCGAGAUUGCCAUGGAAGAUAACGGAAUCACAACCUUUACUCGUCUUGACGGCACCAUGACUCUCAAACAACGCAACGCCGCCAUCGACGCAUUUCGAGAAGAUGACAAUGUCACCAUCCUACUUGCCACCCUGGGCGCGGGUGGUGUCGGCCUAAAUCUAACGGCAGGAUCCAGAGUGUACAUCAUGGAGCCGCAAUAUAACCCAGCAGCGAUUGCGCAAGCUGUGGACCGGGUCCAUCGCCUGGGUCAGACGCGGGAAGUUACGACGAUCCAGUUCAUUAUGAAGGAUAGCAUCGAGGAGAAGAUUGCGGAGCUGGCUAGGAAGAAGCAGCAGAUGGCGGAUAUGAGCUUGAAUCGUGGCAAGUUGGAUAGGAGGGAGUUGCAGCAGGAGAGGAUGAAGGAGUAUCGGAAUCUGUUUACAUGA